AUGGCAGGUGGGAAGCGCUUGAUCCUGCAGCUGUUGGUGGUGUGGUUGGCGGCGCCGGUGGUCAGGUCGGGCUGGCUCCAGGGCACCGCCACCUUCUACGGCGGCAGCGACGGCUCUGGCACAAUGGGUGGUGCUUGUGGGUACACGAACCUGUACGACCAGGGGUACGGGCUCGACAACGCGGCACUGAGCACGGUGUUGUUCAACGACGGGGCCUCGUGCGGGCAGUGCUACCUCAUCAUCUGCGACCAGGGCAAGUCCACUAUGUGCAAGCCCGGGACCUCCAUCACCGUCUCCGCCACCAAUCUCUGCCCUCCCAACUAUGACCUUCCAAACGACAAUGGCGGGUGGUGCAACCCUCCCCGCCCCCACUUCGACAUGUCGCAGCCCGCCUGGGAGAAGAUCGGCAUAUACAGAGCCGGCAUCAUCCCCGUAGUUUAUCAGCAGGCCCCCAUAUCCUGGAGACGGGGCUGGACGGGAGGGUUGCGAUUCACCAUGCUAGGGUUCAACUACUUCGAGCUGGUGCUGGUGACCAACGUGGCCGGGAGCGGAUCGAUCAAAAGCAUCUCAGUGAAGGGUACCAACACCGGAUGGAUGCAAAUGUCCAGGAACUGGGGCGUCAUUUGGCAGGGCAUGUCGGGCCUGAUGGGGCAGACGCUCUCCUUGAGUAUCACCUCCACCGGCGGACAGAAUAUCGUCUGCGAGAACGUCAUCCCGGCCGGCUGGCUUUUCGGCCAGACCUUCUCCACCUGGCGGCAAUUCGAUUAUUAA